GCUACGGAAGUCGCCCAUUCAACUGUCCGUGACGGGAGCGUCGUUCACUGACUCCGACUCCAAAAAUCACUUACUUUGAAAGUGAAAUGAUGCUUUAAAGAACGGUUACUGGCUAUUCUCGUUUCGCUGUUUAUUGGGAUUACGUCAUUGUGUGGCGAAAUGGCAGCCGAAAACUCGCUGUCCGAAGCGAACGCGACUUUUUGCCUGGAUUUGCUGAGUCGUUUGGGAAGCGCAGAUAUGAGGGGCAACGUCAUCUUCUCCCCGUUCAGCAUCUCCUCCGCUCUGGCGAUGGUGAUGCUGGGAGCCAAAGGCGACACUCGGAAACAAAUGUCAGAGUGUCUAAGAACUCAGGCCUGUCAGGAGGACGUUCACGCCAGCUUCGGGAAACUGCUGCACAACGUCGGCAACAAGGAGCCCAUGUAUUCACUCUGUGUUGCCAACAGGCUGUAUGGAGAGCAGUCCUUCCAGUUUCUACAGGGCUUCCUGUCAUCAUCCAGAGAGUUCUAUGAGGCUGAACUGGAGCCUGUGGACUUCAGGAAAGGUUUUGAGGCAGCCAGACUCAACAUCAACAGCUGGGUGGCAAACAAGACUGAAGGUAAAAUUAAGGACCUGCUGUCCCAAGGUUUGGUGGGGAGCCUGACCACGCUGGUGCUGGUCAAUGCCAUCUACUUUAAAGCCAUGUGGGAGAAGGAGUUUCUCGGAAAAGACACAAGCGAUGGCAUGUUCAGGGUCAGCAAGACUGAGAAAAGAGCAGUCAGAAUGAUGUACCAGCAAUCUACCUUUCCUGUAGCCAUCAUCCCUGAGCUCAACUUCAAGAUCCUGGAGUUGCCCUACAAAGGAAACGAUCUCAGCAUGCUGAUCUUUCUCCCUGAUGAAAUUGAAGACAACUCGACUGGACUGGAGAAGCUUGAGAAGACACUGACCUAUGAGAACUUUGUGAAGUGGACUCACCGUGAUAUGAUGAAGCCCACGUUUGUGUCUGUGCACCUGCCUCAAUUCAAGAUCGAAGAAAAGUACGACAUGAAGAAUGUUCUGAUCAGCAUGGGGAUGGUCGAUGCGUUUGACCCUGCAAGAAGUGAUUUUUCAGGGAUGUCACCAGGCAAAGACCUCGUGGUGUCUGACGUCGUCCACAAGGCUUUUGUGGAGGUGAAUGAGAAGGGCACUGAAGCGGCUGCUGCCACCGCUGCUAUAAUGUUGUUGGGUUGUUGCAUGUCCGACCUUUACUUCACCGCAGAUCAUCCGUUCCUCUUCUUCAUUCGACACAACCCCACCUCAAGCCUUCUCUUCACUGGUCGCUUCUGUUCACCAGAGUGAGCUCAGCAGUGCUCUCCUGUUUCAUGUCUCCAGUGAUUAAAUGACAGUUGUGCUGCCAUUGUCUUCAAUUAGCCUCAUUGAUAUGAUGAAAGAGGCUUGGCUUUCUGUUUAUGUUAAACUGCACUUUAAUCAACCCUUGAAUCACCUGUGAACGAUGUGAAACCGCUCUUUAACACGAUGUAUAAUAAAACUAAAUAUCUGAA